AGGUGCGACUUGAUACAUUGGGAGCAAUGGUUUGUGUUCAUGAGCACGCUGGCGUCUCCCUGUCAGAUGAGAGUGUGGAGGCCGACCUGGGGCCAGUCACACGGCAAUCUAUUGGAGGGCAAAGUUUACAGCGAAGCGUGUGUAUCCAGAUCUUAUCUCCAGCUGAGGACGCGCAGUCUUCAGCUGCACGGAGAACCAGUGCGCCUGUACAUGCAGCAUGUAACCGGGACCGAGGCCAGCUGAUAUAUCGUGCGUAUGUCUUAUACCAUCUUUAACGAACCAGUCUAUUAAAGGGAAGGAGGUGAAAUCUCUAUGUAUCUAUGUAAGGAUGUGGAAAUGUAUGUGACUGUCACUUUUCUGGUCUGCAUGGUGGUUGUUUCAGUCUCCGUCUGCCGUGGCCCUCUGUCUGCUCCCGUCCUGCACAGAUCCGAGCCACGGUGACCCCCUUGAGCCAUGGGUGGGAGUCUGGGCUGCCACCGCUCUAUACCCAAGGACCCCACAGACUUCAGCUGCGGAAAGCGCAAAUUCAGCGCUGCGUGCAACUUUGGCCACAUCCUGGUGAACCAGGAGCGGCUCAACAUCAACACAGCUACUGAGGAGGAACUCAUGACUCUGCCAGGAGUCAACCGCACUGUUGCACAAAACAUCGUGGACUACCGGGACUGUAUCGGGGGGUUUAAAAAGGUGGAGGACCUGGCUCUGGUGAGCGGGAUUGGGGCCACCAAACUAGAGGCGAUUAAGUUGGAAAUAUGCGUGUCCAGCAGGACCAGUUCGUCCCAGCAUUCCCCGUCCUCCCUGCGCAAAGACCUGGAUCACCAGUCUUACACGGGGAUGAACAUUAACACCGCCACUCCGGCGCAGCUCAUGAGCAUCAGAGGCAUCACAGAGAGGAUAGCCAAGAACAUCGUGGCCUACCGGGCAGAGCACGGCCCGUUCAAAAGCAUUGAGGACCUGGUGCGCGUCAAUCACAUUAACAGCUCCUUGCUGGACAAAAUCCGCUUCCAGGUGUACGUGGAGCGAUCCAGGGCGCCGUCCACCAACGGAGGACUGACCUGCACCACCAGGGCCCACCCUAGCCCAACUUCAUUCAGCCUCAGGAGCGACGACCUGGACCUCCCACCCGGAGGACCGACCCACAUCAUCUCCGUGCGGACCAGCGUGGAGCCCCCGCCCGGGCUACGGGACGGGAAGCCUGUGGUGCGGAUGGCCACGUGGAGUCUGGACGGCUGCUCCUGUGACAAGGCCAACAACCCUGGGGUCAAAGAGGUGGUGUGCAUGACCCUGCUGGAGAAUGACAUCAAGCUACUGGCAGUGCAGGACCUGGUGGAGCAGGAAGCUCUUGAUAAGUUUUGUGUGGAAUUAAACCAAGGAACACUGGCCAGUGUACGGAAGUGGAAAUGGCCACGAGGUCUGUGGAAAAGUGUUGUGUCUGAAAAACCCACCGCAUGCUCCAGCAAGGGAGUGAGCUACUCUGGCUUCCUGUGGGACAGCUCGUCUGGUAUUGACCUGAAGGAUGCUGCAGUCAUGGAGUCUCCUGUUGUCAAUGGCAAUGGGAAUCGUGCCAACCCUACACUCUAUCUGGCUCACUUUUUUGUUGGUUCAUUCAAGUUGACGGUGGUGAAUGUGCAUAUCCAGGCCACAGCCUCACCAGGAGAGUCCAACAAGAGGAACCACAACUCCCACACCCUCUUCCCCAGUAUCCAGGAAACACUCAAAGGCGAGAAGGAGCUGGUGGUGUUGGGAAAUUUUGGCUCCCCUCCGCAGAGCUCCGAACUAGAUGUACUGAGAAAAGAGAAGCUCUUUGCUCUCAUACCAUCCACCCAGUUCACUAACAUCAGCACCCGGUCACCGCAGGGUACCCACUGCCUGGAUAACAUUUGGCUCAGCCGCUCCCUGAAGAAGAUGUAUUCUGGCCAUUGUGUGGUAGUGAGGGAGGGUCUGACUAACCCCUGGAUCCCAGAUAACUGGUCUUGGGGUGGUGUGGCAUCAGAACACUGCCCUGUGGUGGCUGAGUUUUAUGUAGAUGUAACUCCUAAGGAGCUGAGCGGGCCUGGUGUGGCGGUGGUGGACAGAGGAGACAUUGUACCCAAACAUGAGCGGUGAUGACAUCCACAGUCACAGCAGAGACAUGGGUAGAGGACGUCAGGACUUUGUCCUGCAUGGAUCUUGCUUUAUCUUGGAGCACAGAGUUUCCUGACCAGUGUGAAGAAGUGCCAAGAUUGCCUUUUGGGUUUCAUUUUACCACUGUACAGUAUAGUAGUAACUAAGUCACAGAGUUAUAAAAAUGUUCAGACAAAAUAUAUAUAUAUAUAAAUAUA